AUGGCGGCAGCCGUGCUCAUGGAGGAGGAGCUUCAGCACAGUAUGGCCACUUCUGAGGAGGACGCGGAGUUUGAAGAGGAUGAUGAGCUUGCUGCAGACCCCCUAGGCGAGAAUUCAGAUGAGUUUGCUGCCAAUAAUCAAUUACACAACGAGUUGGGGCAUAGCGAAGACGAGGAAGCAUCCGAAGAAGGUGAGGAGGAGGGUGAGGGGCCUUCUGACGAAGAUGCGGAGGGCGAGUCAGACGAAGAAAUGGCCGAAAAUAAUGGUGGAGAGGAGAGUGAAGAAGAAGACGAGGAAGAGGAUGGAGAGGAAACUGACAGACAUCUAGGAGUUGGGGCCGUGAAGAUUCAACCUGGCGUUCUAGAGGACGACGAAGAAGCCAUGUCAGGUUCUGAUUCUGAGAGUGCUGCUAGUGGAGGCGAUGAUGAGUCCAAAGAUUCGACAGACGCUGAAGUAGAAGUGGAAUGGGAUCCUACAGCUGACGAUGAAGAGGACGAGCCAGCUAACCCAAACCGCUGUAUUUUUUGUCAACAGGAUGAAGAGAAUGACCCUUCAGAAGAGUUUGAACUUUAUUUGUCUUGUGGAGUUUGUGGGGAUAAUGCACACAGACAAUGCGCCAGGAAUGCCGAUGCACUCAAAUCUGAUGAAGAAGCUGAAGCUUGGUACUGUCCUGACUGUGUGUCCAACAAUCUCGUCCCCGAACCUGCAGUGCCAGAAGUCGGGGUGCAAGACCACGCUACACGGAGGAUAUCAAGAGAUCGAAUUGCAGGGGACCUCUUGCCACCUCAGCGUGGUGCCAUCAAACCGGACUCUCACUCUGUUUUCAACCAGUUGAUUGCUCCAGAAGACCCUAUGGAUGGCUCGCGUUUCCUGCGUAAAAGGAAAACAUCUUCUGCGGACGCAGACGUCGAAGAUGCAACUUUGCUCAGAAAAAGAAAUCGAGAUAAAGACACGAGCUCCGGUCAAUCAAAUGCUCUGCACAUUGAUGACACAGCAGGCAACGAUGCUAUGGACAUCGACAAAGCAAUCCACCCCCUGACCAACGGCAACAACAAACGAAUCGAUUCACCCAUAAGUCCUCGAACAUCGAGAUCACUGCGACCAAAAUCCUCACCAUCCCACUCCCCAGCAAGGAUCAUUGAAAAGUCACCAACAACCAUCAAAAUGGCGUUUCGGGUUGAUCCAGUGGAGUUACGGCAUAUCCUUUCACAACCCCCAAAACCGAAGAAAAAGAGUCGCCCCACUCCCGGAGCUCGUCCAUCCACAAGUUCAGGCUUCGUUCCAUCGAUCUACUCCCAGCCCUUUUAUUCUCUUCACGACAGGGAGAAUGACGAGCUGAAAUCUAAACCUUAUGGUGGCAUUCUCACCGAAGAAGAGGCAGAUACCACGUUAACACUUCCCAAGCCAGAACACCGCCGACUUUUCGAUGAAGCUCGUCAGAAAGCAGAGGAAAAUUGGAAGGCGAGGGUUGCAGCAGCAGCCGAGGCGGCCACAGUUUCCGGUAUCAAGAAAGCUCGCAAGGUAUCUGGCCCUGCAAGUCAGAUCGAAUACAUCGAGUUCGGCCAGUAUCAAAUCGACAUCUGGUAUGCAGCACCGUACCCGGAAGAGUACAGUCGCAACAAGGCACUUUUCAUUUGCGAAUUUUGCCUGAAGUACAUGGAAUCGGACAUAGUUGCGUGGCGCCACAAGACAAAAUGCCCUUGGAAGUAUCCUCCAGGUGAUGAGAUAUAUCGAGAUGGCAAAAUCAUGGUUUUUGAGGUCGAUGGCCGCAAGAACCCGCUCUACUGUCAAAAUCUCUGUCUCCUCGCCAAACUGUUCCUGGGCUCGAAAACCCUUUAUUACGACGUUGAGCCCUUUCUAUUCUACGUCAUGACUGAAUAUGACGAACUCGGAUGCCAUUUUGUCGGCUACUUUUCUAAAGAGAAACGACCCAGCAGUUUAAAUAAUGUCUCCUGUAUCCUGGUCCUUCCAAUACACCAGCGAAAAGGGUAUGGGCAUCUUCUUAUCGACUUCUCGUACCUCCUUACACGGGUUGAACGUAAAACGGGAUCUCCAGAGAAGCCUCUUUCCGAUAUGGGAUUGGUAUCAUAUCGAAACUACUGGCGACUUGUGUUAUGUUAUUACCUAAAAGACUUCAAACCUGGUGACCAGAUACCCAGCAUCAGGAAGAUAUCGGACGACAUGGGCUUGACCCCCGACGACGUGAUUUCUGCACUUGAUGCCUUGGGUGCCUUGAUACGAGAGCCUAUCACUGGCACCUAUGCCUUCAAGCUGAAGACUGAUUACUACCGCGAGGUCAUUCGACAGCACGAGGCGAAGAACUACGCUAAGCUCAACCCAAAAGGACUUGUCUGGACUCCGUACAUCAUGGGCCGUGGCAAUGCUUCAGCCUUUGAUCAUGCUCCACCGCUUAAUACAGUAGCACCACGCGAUGAAUCCGAGGACGAAGAGGACGAUAUCCUUGACAAAACGAAGUUAUCAAAGGGCAGCAAGCGGGAUUUUGAGACCUUCAAUGAAAAUGGUGAUACUGACCAAGUCACCGAGUCCCUCGGCAAAUUAACGACUGAAUCAGGUGAACUCAUCAGAGUAGCAACAUCCGAGGAUGAUGCCGAAGGCUCCCAGUCCACGACACGUAUUAACGGCGUCUCGAGGAGGCUUUCCUACUUCGAAGCUGCAGGUGCCAUUUCCCCAACACGUUUUGAGGUAUUUCCUCCCGUUCCUGGAGCGCGGCCUCGUGCUACCCCUCGACCCUCUUCUUCCCGGCCCACUCCCAGACAUAAAUCUUCAUCCAGCUCAUCCCGUCCCAAACCUCGACGCUCUGGCGGCGGCAGCUCAUCGAGAAGACCUUCGUCUGCUCGUCCACGAAGCAGUACUUCACGGAGGAAGAGUGGUGGUACAGGUCGAGGCCCGGGUCGAUGGCCAAAGGGAACAAAGAAGAGCGACUUUGGCAAUGCGGACAGUGGCCCUGGUUUACCUCCGAAGCUAUUGAAACAACGGAGCAGGCUAGGGCAGGAGGUUUUAUUGGGAGACGAGGAGGGGGACGAGCUUGAAGAUGGCGAGGAAGAAGAGAGAGACGGUAGCGAAGAAGAGGAAGAAGAGGAAGACGAAGAUGCCAUCGUCUAUACGCCUGCCAUGAAGAAAAGAAGCCACCGAGAUAUUGGCCGGGGAAAAGGAUUGGGUAAGCCAAUCUUAGGUAAGGGCAAGGGACCCCUCGGUAAAGGGAUGGGAAAGAGUCUGCUGGUGGGAGACGAGGACGAAGAAAUGGAGGACGCCAUAUCGGGGGAUUUGGAAGUCGAUGCCGAAGGUGAAGACGAAUAA